AUGGCCCGGAAGACGACCUACAACGAGUCCACGAUCUUGUACGAUAUCACGUCCAUGUCUGUGCAGAUGAGGAAGAUGGUCUACAACUGCGCGACGACACAGGCGAGCUCGGGCAGGAAGGUCAUCGCGUCCGCAGGCGUGGACAGGGUGCAGGAGGCGUUCGCGUUGGAGGCCGACAGGUUCGCGGACAUCUUCGUGAACCCCAACGUCGACCUGGCCAAGGGGACCUACACCAACCAGACGAAGAUGAUUGUCAAGUACGACACUGAAAAGCCCAUGAAGCCCGGCAAUAUCCUCGUGUUCCAGGGGACGAUCAAGAGCUUGAUGGAGGCCGACGGCGUGUUGGACUGCUUGAGCGCGUCCCCGAUCACAUUCGUCUUCUCGUUCAGCAUGUCGUUCUGCAUCGAGGCCAUCAAGACCCCUCAGUCGCUGGACGUGCCGGUGUACGGGUGCGGCUUAACGCACGACAGGAUCUACCCGCGUCACGUCGCUGAUGGUGUUGAGCAGUUUUCGGCAAGUACGUACUUGGAGCCGAUCAUGUACUCGGACAGCAUCACUGGCAUGAAGAUGGCUAUGGGCGUGAUGCUGUGGUUGAACUGGGAAUCAGACGCAGACUCGAGGGACAUCAUGAAGGGCCGUGCUAUUGACUUAGAGGACGUCUCGAAUAAAACCUUCGAGGUCAUGGGGGACGGCUUCCCGUCGUUGAGCAUCGCCGUCGUCGCCAUCACGGCCACUUUCACAGCCGGGUACCUGACCAUGACCUUGGUGGAGGACGGCUUGGGGUUCGGGCAGUCGCAGUAG